UUUGCCAUUUGAAAUUCAAGAAUAAGCUUAAGAAACAAUCAAUAUCUGUACAAUCUUCAGUGAACAUUGAUUUGAGUGUGUUUUGAUAACAGAAUAAAAGCCAAGAGCAUGACUAUAAUUUACAGAUUGGUGAUCAAUAAUUGAACAAUUUUUUUAGAAAACUUAAGUCAACAGGUUUGAAGACUAAUGAUCAAACCAGCAUCAAAGGACUCAAAACAGCCUCAAGAUGAAACUGCUGUCACUGACACCCUUGAUGGAGAGUACAACCCUUUUGAACACCGAAAUGUGCCUCAUCCCACAACAGACACAGAAACUCUUAUACACCUGAUCAAGGGAUGUCUGGGCACAGGGCUCCUGGCAAUGCCUGCAGCCUUUAUGAGUUCCGGACUUUUGUUUGGUCUUGUCGCAACAUUCUUUAUUGGUUGUAUAUGUGCAUACUCCAUUCAUAUUUUGGUGAAAUGUGCUCACAAGCUGUGCAAGAGAUUACGAGUCCCUUCUCUAGGGAUUGAUGAUAUCGCUGAGGUAGCGUUCCGCUCUGGCCCUCCUAGUAUGCGGGAGUUUGCAUCUUCAGCAAGGUUUAUUGUGAAUUUAUUUCUCGUACUGGACCUUCUUGGGUGUUGUUGUGUCUACAUAGUGUUUGUUGCAAAAAACACCAAGCAAGUAUUAGAUGUUGAUCUUGACAAUAAGUUGGAUUUAAGGCUCUACAUUGUAGCACUUCUACCAUUUCUAAUCAUCACGAAUUUGAUUCCUCACCUCAAAUAUCUCGCUCCGUUUUCUAUGUUGGCCAAUAUUCUAAUGGCUACAGGACUCUGCAUCACUUUCUACUACAUCUUCCAAGACCUUCCUUCCAUUACGUCACGGCAAAACUUUUCCUCCUUAAACCAGUUACCAAUCUUCUUUGGCUUUGCUAUCUUUGCCCUUGAAGGAAUUGGAGUGGUGAUGCCCUUAGAGAACAACAUGAAGACUCCAACACACUUCAUCGGCUGUCCUGGUAUACUCAACACGGGAAUGUUUGUUGUUGUUAUGGUGUAUUCCAGUGUCGGGUUCUUUGGUUACCUCAAGUACGGAGAUGCUACGGAACCCAGCAUAACACUCAACUUGCCUCACACAACAUUGGCACGUUCCGUAAAGGUGAUGAUAGCUGUGGCAAUAUUCUUGACAUAUUCCCUGCAGUUCCACAUACCUAUCGAAAUCAUCUGGAAAGGUGUGAAGCAUAAAUUUGCUAACCACCUAGUACUUGGUGAAUGCUGCGUUCGGGUGGUUUUCGUCACAAUUACAGUACUUGUCGCUGUAUUGAUCCCCCACCUGGGGCCGUUCAUCUCCCUGGUGGGCGCCGUCUGUUUGUCUUUCCUCGGACUCAUGUUACCGUCCAUCGUGGAGAUCAUUGUCUACUGGGGAUCUGAGGAAGGACUCGGCACAGGCAACUGGAUACUGUGGAAGAAUUUAGCAAUUAUUUUGUUUGGAUUCAUCGGUUUCUUCACUGGAUCCUACACGAGCAUCGUCGCUAUUAUUGAAAAACAUCAACGAAUCAACCUGACAGGCGGAUAAAAGCUCGAUAUUGAUCUUUUUGCAUUUCUUUAAGAUUCUAAUAAACAAUGUGU